GUUGAGGCUGGGAAAACUAAAAAGACACACACAAAAAGAACACACUCCAGCCACCACCCAACACCAAAGCCUCAAAGAUUGUAUUGUAUUAAGGUUGCCCUUUUUAUUUAUCUAUUUCCCACCCUUUGCUCUCUUUAUACCGAUUUAUAAGUAGGAUUGGAGCAUAGAGGGAGAAAUCACUGAUUGACCAUUACCAUGACCAUGAUCAUGUCUGAGGGCUAUUACAAUUCCAAGAAGAGUGAUGAUAUCUGUGGGGAUGUUUGUAGCCAGUAACUUGAGAGAGAAUUUUGUUUAUUACGCAGCAGGGAACUCGAACAGCAUUGAGCAUGUCAAGGCUUCGUUGCAUUUUGAGAGGAUUUGAUUUCAAGACCUACGUAUUUUUGUUUGUGGUUGUUCCAAUGGGAAUCUUUUGUGUGUAUUUUCAUGGGUUGAAAAUCUCGUACUUUCUGAGACCCCUCUGGGAAUCUCCUCCCAAGCCCUUUCAUGAAAUCCCUCACUAUUAUCAUGAGAAUGUGUCCAUGGAGACUCUAUGCAGACUUCAUGGUUGGAGAAUUCGUGAGUCGCCAAGACGAGUCUUUGAUGCGGUUUUGUUUAGCAAUGAAGUUGACAUCCUCACCGUUCGAUGGAAAGAGAUGCAUCCAUAUGUGACACAUUAUGUGAUCCUCGAAUCGAACUCAACGUUUACAGGAUUGCCAAAACCGUUGAUUUUCGCAAGCAAUAGGGACGAUUUUCGGUUUAUGGAGUCUCGGUUAACAUAUGGGGUGAUUGGAGGAAGAUUUAAGAAGGGUGAGAAUCCUUUUGUUGAAGAGGCAUACCAAAGAGUGGCGUUGGACCGGCUUCUGAAGAUUGCAGGGAUAGAAGAUGAUGAUCUCUUGAUAAUGUCUGAUGUUGAUGAGAUUCCUAGUGCUCACACAAUUAACCUCUUGAGGUGGUGCAAUGACAUCCCUUCUGUUCUUCAUCUUCAAAUGAGGAACUACUUGUACUCUUUUGAGUUCUUUCUAGACAACCAAAGUUGGAGAGCUUCGGUGCAUAGAUACCAGACUGGCAAGACAUGUUAUGCACACUAUCGGCAGGCUGAUGUCUUGUUGUCAGAUUCUGGCUGGCAUUGUAGCUUCUGUUUUCGCCGUAUAAGUGAAUUCAUAUUCAAGAUGAAAGCUUACAGCCAUAACGAUCGGAUCAGGUUCGCUCAUUACUUGAACCAUAACAGGAUUCAGGAUGUGAUAUGCAAAGGGGCUGACCUAUUUGACAUGCUCCCUGAAGAGUAUACAUUUAAGGAGAUUAUUGGCAAGAUGGGACCUAUUCCUCAUUCGUAUUCUGCGGUUCAUCUUCCAUCGUAUUUGUUGAAUAAUGCCGAGAAAUACAAGUUUUUGUUGCCUGGAAACUGCAGAAGAGAAAGUGACUGAGCUUUAGUAUAUAAAAUCUUCUGAUUUUGUGUAUAACACCAAAAAGGAGAGAGUAUAUUGAAUGACUUAUGUAACUGUGGUUUGGUCAUGGAUCAAUACACCUUCAUACAAAGCAAGUGCAGACCUUUCUUUGGAGGUAUAUUUGGAAGAACCUGAAGGAAUCUAAAAAUUUUACAGAAGCAUGCGAGAGAUUCUUAGUGAGGGAAUAGUGUUACAGCUUUUGACAAGCUUUUGUAGCUUAUCUUAGGAUCCCCACUUGUUCAAUAUAGUAGCAAGACAUUCCCAGUAUUUUCUCAUGGGAAUUUGGAUUUCUUGGACUGAGUUAUACACAUAUUCUAACCACUUAGGCUUGUUAAAUAACUCAUCUCUAAUAUAAAUUACUUCUAUAAUCCAACUUUGAUUGAUUUCCCUAGUUUAUGUUUUCUCCUGUGCUGCAAUGUACUUAUUUGUGUUUUUUUUUC